GCUUCCUGCCAAAUAGUGGUCCCUAACAACAGACAAAGCGGUGUGGAAUCAAUACGAAGCCAUUCAACUAAAAAAUAAAACACAUUACCCAAAUGUGUCCAGACAGCCUCCCCAAGAAGUAGAGAGACAUGUCAGGAGGAAGUGGCUCAGCGGACAUGGACGACUCGCAGGACCUGCCUGAAUUGCCGACCAAGAAGGCCAGACAUGAGCUGGAUGUUGGACUGGACCAAGAGCCAAGGGGACUACGUGAUGACCAGAUCCCUCCUACUCUCUUGGGCUCAGGAGAUCAGGACAAUUCAUACUCUACGUUGUCUAAUGCCCAGCUUGAUGGAGCGGUGGCCAGCAGAGCGCUCACCACAACAGCCUCUGAAUAUAACUCCCACAUCUACCAAGGAAGCAGACCAGCAGUCACAUCCUACGCCACCAGCCAGGGUGCCUUUCCUCCUCUGGCCCAGGCCACAGUCUACACCGCCUUCCCCCAGGCAGAACAGACCCAGGCCACAGUCUACACCGCCUUCCCCCAGGCAGAACAGACCCAGGCCACUGUCUACACCGCCUUCCCCCAAGCAGGACAGACCUACGGCCUCCCACCAUUUGGUGCUAUGUGGCCAGGUAUUAAGUCAGAGACGGGGCUGCCUGAUGCAGCACCCUCUGUUGGCCAGCCUGGGUUCCUCAGCUUCAGAUCAGCAUAUACCUCAACCCAGCCAGACCCAGGCCAUGUGCACUGCUCAUACCCCAGCCAAGGCUCCAGUUUCACUACAUCCAGUGUGUACACUAACAUCCCUACUGCUUCCGCAGCUACAGAGGCUCACCAGGAGUUCAGCAGCUAUAAUGUCAACUCUCUGGGCCAGACCCAGUUCCCUCAGUACUACGCCCCGCCCCUUAGCUACGUCCCCGCCGGGCUGCCCAAUAGCGAAGAGAAUGGAUCCAGUAUGGGUGUGGCCGGGUAUCCAGCUAUAAAGACGGAGGGCAGUGCCAUGGCUGGACUGCCCAGCACUACAGAUGCAUGCCCGCGUGAGAACCUCCCGACCGGGGUAGCCCUGCCUACAGGUGUGGCCCUCCCCAUGGGGGCCCUGGACCAGGAGGAGGCGGGGAGGAGGAACCCUGCUGGGAAGGCCAAGGGGAAGACCAAGAAAUCAGACAGCAACCAGCCUACUGACGCUGACCUGGAGCGAAUCUUUCUGUGGGAUCUGGAUGAAACUAUCAUCAUUUUCCACUCUCUGCUCACUGGGUCCUUCUCUCAGAAGUUUGGCAAGGACUCCGACACUGUGCUGAACCUGGGCCUUCAGAUGGAGGAGCUGAUCUUUGAGCUGGCAGACACACACCUCUUCUUCAAUGACCUGGAGGAGUGUGAUCAGGUCCAUGUUGAAGACGUAGCCUCUGAUGACAACGGACAGGAUCUGAGCGCCUACAACUUCCUGGCGGAUGGUUUCCACGGCCCCAGUGGUGGAGGUGCCACCACAGGAGUCCAGGGCGGGGUGGAGUGGAUGAGGAAACUGGCCUUCCGUUAUCGUCGCCUGAGGGAGAUCUACAACGGAUACAAAGGGAACGUGGGAGGCCUGCUGAGUCCCAUGAAGAGGGAGCUGCUCCUCCGGCUCCAGUCUGAGAUGGAGAAUAUGACGGACGCCUGGCUCAGCACAGCACUCAAAUCCUUGCUGCUUAUCCAGUCCAGGGGUAAGUGUAUGAAUGUCCUGGUGACGACCACCCAGCUGGUGCCUGCUCUGGCCAAGGUGCUGCUCUAUGGCCUUGGGGACGUCUUUCCCAUAGAGAACAUCUACAGCGCUACCAAGAUAGGGAAAGAAAGCUGUUUUGAGCGCAUCGUCUCUCGCUUUGGGAAGAAUGUGACCUAUGUGGUGAUUGGAGACGGCCGUGAUGAGGAAUUCGCAGCAAAACAGCACAACAUGCCUUUCUGGCGUAUCACCACCCACGGGGACCUGGUAUCCCUCCAUCAAGCCCUGGAACUAGACUUCCUCUAGAGCGGAAGGAAUGGAGGUUAGACACAAAGGGAAACUUGGUCAGUCCACCCCCCCCCCCCCCAACCCUUCUGUUCACUUGUGGAGUGACAUUAUUAUGUCCUCAGCUCCACACCAGCCCUCAAACACACACACCCUUCACGCACCUGAUGGCUCUAGUGUGUCGCUCUUUUCCCCGUGUGAUGGCCGUGGACUGAUCUGAGGUGGACUUUGGGGUGGCAGUGGCUGGGAAGCAGACUGGACAGUCAGACCUACUCUCUGAUGUAAGAGCUCCUGCCCAGAAACACUCUCCAUAUGGCAGCUAUCCUCUCUAAAGACUGAGCCUGAUCACUAGGGCAUAGCAGCAGCGACCGACAGACACCGUCAGGCAGGACAUGACUAAAGUUAAGAAGACCAUUCCAUAUCUCUCUCUCUCCGAAGUGUCUGUAGUCUCUGGCUCCACAACCCACAGGCUGUUUUCCUCUGUUCUCUCUCUGGGUUGCAUCCCAAAUGGCACCCUAUUCCCUAUGUAGUGCACUACGUUUGAUAGAGCCUAGUGCUCUCGUCAAAAAGGGUGCACUACAUAGGGAAAAGGUUGCCAUUUGGGAUGUGGCCUCUUGUUAGUGGAUCGACUAAAGCAAAGGUCUGCAGCCCUGUCUGGCAUCCCGGAUGGACACUUCUGAUUGUUUAGAGCUUACACCUUUCCUAAUUUUCCUAUUUCUCUUUCUGUAGGGUAGCUAUUCGUGAAAGGAUAAUGUCACUUCGAAUGUUUUAUAAUUUGUAUUUUUGAAAGGUUGUUUUGCACUCAUUCCAAAUGACUGAGGUAUCAUUUAUGAGGGUUGGUAAUCAUUUUAGUCUUUUCAAAGCAUAUGAUUAGAUGGCUACUUAGGAAUGACCUUCAAUUGACCUUCUGGAUGUAACCUUUCCACUAGUUCACUAACAGUACUGACGUGUUCUCCAUAGAGACCUCCGCUGUCCUGACCUCUCCACUGUGUCACAGACUUCAACAGCCUAACCGACUUCUGUGGUCUUUUUACAUAACAAACUGAUGUGUGGUCAGAAGGACUCAAUGAAGACCCUAACUAACCUGUAUUCCACUGCAUGGUAUCAAGGACGCCAGGUUACUAUGUAGUUAAUCAUGAGAACAGCCAAACCAGGCCUUUCUGUGAGAACAGCCAAACCAGGCCUUUCUGUGAGAACAGCCAAACCAGGCCUUUCUGUGAGAACAGCCAAACCAGGCCUUUCUGUGAGAACAGCCAAACCAGGCCUUUCUGUGAGAACAGCCAAACCAGGCCUUUCUGUGAGAACAGCCAAACCAGGCCUUUCUGUGAGAACAGCCAAACCAGGCCUUUCUGUACAUUUACAUCUAAGAAACCAAGGAUGGGCCUUCAAAACAAUGUGCAUCUUCUUCAGCGUGACGCUGAUGUGUACGUGUCUACAUAACCUGUUGAAGAAACCUCCCCUUGGGGUAACUGUUCCUCAGAGCACAGCCCUACUCGUCUUUGAAUUCCUGCAAAGAGACUUAACUUGACAAUGAGUAUUUUUAAAAGCAGUUGGCUGGAAGGGAUGGCAAAUCACACAAUGCAAUCACAUAUUAUAUUGUUAUUGUUCAAUAGUGGAAAUCGUUAGACCGAGAAGUCACAGGAGGUUUGUCUGGCCAAGGUGAUCCAGAUUUCACAACAUGACAGAUAAUUUGCAUCACAAAGAUCAAGUGUUGUCAUUGAUAAAUGGAAUUGUUUCUUUGUCUCUGUUGUAGAAUCAAUCUCUAGUUGAUUUUCUUCCAUUUUGAAUCGUGAGGGUCACACACAACCCCAUUAUUUCAUAGUGGUGGUUACCAUAGUGGCGGUGUAUUGGGAAAUCACCUCUAAAUGUGCUAUUGAUUGUACGGGACCGGCUGCCCAAAAAACAUAGGCCUACUGCCACUGUGUGCAGUGUAGUCAGUCUACCCUUGUCAUUAUACAUAUUGGGAAAAACACCAGGAAUGAUUGUUCAAUACAUUUCUGCUUUGGGGGGGGGUAUGCCUGUUAACUAGCCUGUAUUUUCAGCAUGUAGCUGGUUGAGAGGUGGUUAGAGGUUUGAUAUUAUGAAUCCCUGGUCCAUGUGAGAUUACGACUGAACAAUACUGAGCCCGAUGAUGACGAUCAUUUUUGAUACUUACGGCUUGACCAGUAAGAAUGUUUUCCUUGUAUAUUUCUGUGUGUCUGUAUAUAUGCAUACUGUGCCCUUUUUCAACCCUCUAUAUUAUAUAUAUAUAUAUAUAUACACGCGUCAUCUCUACAGGAAAUACUUCAGAUGUGUUAAACACAUGAUCAAACAUGGUUGUUACACAUUUUAGUUGGAGUGUUUUUAUUUUACUACACCUACUUUUUCUACACGGUCAUUAAUCUGCUGAAUCUUUAUUUUUAACCGUCAGCAACACAGAAAUGGUUACUGUGUGAUCUUUUUUCUCUCUCCCUUUUACAGUUUAAGUUUUUUUUAAUUUCUUGUUUUGAUUGUGCUGCCGAUUUUACAUAAAUGUUACAGCUGAAAUGCUCUGCUCUCAAGACGAGUCACACCCUUGUCCACAAAGUCAGAGCAUCCAUUUCCAUGUUGAAACCUGCUUUCUUUUAGUUUAUUUUACUUUUUUUUGGUUUGUUUUUUUGACAUUGUGUCUUGCUUUCACUGCUUAGACAAUCACAUCUCAAAUCACGUGGUACUUUGAGUGGUGUCCAGAUCCACCAUUCACCUGGUGAAACAUAUACAGUAGUGUGUAACAGUACCACUAAGGGAGAUGAGAGAAAUAGUAAGCAUUGUGAAAUGAUGAAUUAGAUUCUUUGGAAUGGAAGGGGUAUUCUGGACAUGGAAUUUUGUGAAGUUGACAAGACAGACCAGUGUCUUUACUUGGCUGACGGCACAUUCAUAUUACGAUCUGUUUCUACAAGUUGGUUUUUUUCCCUCCAGAGAUGUGAAUAUAAGAUCAGACAAGCCUGAUCCUCUGACCCACAUCUUCAAUAUCUAACAUCAUGGAAAUCAAUCAACCCCCAACCAAAAACAUUUAUACUGUUAUUGCUGAUUGUCAUUGUUGUGCAGAUCACAUCUCUAAUGUUGCUUGUCACCUUGUGGUUGGAAUCAUUUAGUUAUUUUUGUAGUCAGAUGUUUACAGUUUUUCUAUCAGUGAUGGUUUCUGUUUUUUAAAGUACUCUGUUGCUAACAAGAAGUGUGAUUCUGUACUUUUUGUUUACUUAGUCAGGGGGACUGUUUUAAUGUAUCCCUUCGAUGUGUGUUAAAAGGCCAAGAACUAUGUAUCAUUUAUAUACUCUAACCAACCUUUUUGUUGAAGUGCAUUUUGACCAGUCUGUGUUGGCUGUCAUAGAAUUUUUUUUUUUUUAACUAUUUCAACUGUCGAAUGCAAUGAGCUAUGACGUUACAUAGCUUUGUAGGGAUACCUCUGGCUCAACUUGAUCAUGCUUUGUAGGGAUACCUCUGGCUCUACUCAAGAUGAUGAAACAUACUUGUAUAUAUAGUGUAUGUCGACUCCCCUUCAAAUGAGUGGAUUUGGCUAUUUCAGCCACACCCGUUGCUGACCGGUGUAUAAAAUCGAGCACACAGC